AUGGAUAGCAACCUCUUUCUACCAUACGCUGCCCUUCAUUGGGCGCUGCACUAUCGUUUGCAGGACGCCAGCGCUGCUCGCCAGCUCCAGACUAACGCUCUUGUACUCUGCAAUGUGACUGACCCUCGUGCCAAAGCUUGGAUUGACCGUUACUUUGAUUAUGGCUAUGAGAAUGCGGUUGAAUGGACUCCUUUGAUAUUGGCGACCUACCUUGGUCUCCCCAGUGUGGUCCAGGCGCUUUUGGAUUCGAACACUGAUGCCACCGUCCAGGACGACGAGGCUGGAGCAGCCCUGUGGCUGGCAACCCUCAUGGGCCAUGAGCAGGUUGUCCAGAUACUUUUGAAUUGCUGCAGUAUCAGUGUCGCCUCCCAAAGCGAAGAGUACUCCAUAGCAUUGCACUUCGCAACCAAGGCGGGCCGAGACGAUAUCGUGGAGAUGUUAGAGGCUGAACAUACCAACCCCAAGGCUUUACUAGAUUAUGCUUUUCUACGCUCAUCCAUUACAAGCCCGGCUAGUGUUCGAAUUAUCAACCAAUUGUUCUUGGACCUCAUGCGCGACAGAGGGUGGAAAAACCUUCCCCACCAAGCUCAGAAACAGUUGCUAGCUUACCCACCGAGAAAGAAGUUGGGUUUAAUUGAAGAGAAUAAGCUAUCGCAAAUUCGGGGGGCACGAAAAGCGACCAGAGCAUGA